GUGAUUUCCGAAUCAGCUGAUGUUUGAGAUAUCCGAUUGUUGUUGACGGGCAUUUGAAUUUCCAAAUUUUUGAACGAUAAGCUUCGAGCAUAAUUCUCGCUGCUUUAAUAAAGUUCUUAAGGUAAAUCAUGCACAAGGAUACACCGCCAUCCUCACCAGACAUGAAUAAUCAGGUGGAAGACGAAGAUAUGGUUUACAUAGGUGAUGUAGAAGAAGUAAUAGAUACAUAUGAUACAGGAGAAAUUGAAGAUGAAGAUGGAAUGGAAGAAGAUGCUCCAGAGGAAGGAGAUGCAAUUUUUGUGUUUAAUGGUCAUAAACGAGGUUCUGUCUUUUGCGGUUCUUUGACCAAAAAUGGAAAGUUGGCUGCUACAGGAGGAGAAGAGGAUAAAGCUUAUGUGUGGAAUACAUCGACUGGAGAAAUUAUUCUUGACUGUGUGGAUCACAAAGAUAGUAUUAUUUUUUCAGAAUUUAAUCACGAUGAAUCGUAUUUGGCUACCGGAGAUAUGAGCGGUAUGAUGCAAGUUUGGAGAAUGUCUGACAAAGUCAGGGUUUGGAACUAUAAUAUGGGAGAUGCAACAUGGAUGAAGUGGCAUGUGGCUGCAAAUGUCUUAUUAGGAGGGUCUGUAGAUGGAGAAGUAUAUAUGUGGAAAAUGCCUGAUGGAGACUGUAAGGUCUUUCAAGGAUUUGGAUGUAGGGCAGAGACUGGUGCAAUAUUUCCAGAUGGUAAACGCAUUGCGGUAGGUUAUGAGGAUGGAGUUAUUAGAGUCAUAGAUUUAAAGUCUGGUUCUGUGCUGUCAUCUGUCUCCUCUGUAAUGGGUCAUACUUCCACUAUAACUACAAUUGAUUGUCAUUCAGACAACAAUCUAAUACUCUCUGCAGCUGUGGAUGGAAAAACAAUAAUAAGCUCAUCAAACACAGGAAAGAUUAUUUCUGUUCUGCAAAGUCUUAAUAAUCGUGAACAAAAUAACAGUACCAACACUGAUCAAGUGGCUGGAAAUAGUGAAGGAAAUAAUGAUAGCAAUUGGGUAGAAACAGCAGCUUUCUGUAAAGAUUCUACAUUUCAAGUUGCUGCAACUGGAACUGUUAAUGGAGAAAUUUUUAUUUGGGAUAUCUCAAAACAGAUACUCCGCCAAACGAUAGAACAAGAAAGUGGUGUAUCUAAAAUCUUGUGGAAAGGAAAUACCGCUAUUCUGUUUUCAACAGGCUUGGACGGUAUUCUUAGGUGUUUCGAUGGACGAAAUGGUCAGUGUAUACGAUCAUUUAAAGGUCACACUGCAGAUAUUCUUGAUCUAUAUAUAUCUGAGAAUGGAGAAAAAGCUUUGACAACAUCUGACGAUUCUACAGCUAGAAUUUUUGAUAUUUCAUCUCUACCUUAAUGUAAUCUAUUAUAUAGUGAAUAAUAUACAAUUUUUGUUAUUGUUUGAAAUAUACAUACAUUUUAUGAAAGUUGUUCAUAUACCAUA